GUUCGCGAGUUCUUCGCUGUGACGGAGUUGGACGAUCGAGAGGCUGACACUGGUACACAGACGAGGAACGGAUAAGUGAAAAAGUGGCAUGCUAGUCGGACAUCGAGGAACCCCGCACGAUGUGAACGACGGAAUUCGGAUAAUUUCGGUUGAUUUUGAAAGUAAUUUUUGGCACACGGUUUGUACGAGGAAGAGAUUCGUCGAAUACGACGAACGUACAAACGAAAGAAUUUGUAUACAAUAACGCACGCUUUAAGAGCUUUGAUAUAGUAGAGUGUGAAAAAAUCUCCGAGUACGUGACGCAUCGUGGAAAUUCCGAUGCGUUACGGUAAGGAAAAAACGAGACGCGUGGAAAAGAGGCGGAAAAGUAUGGUUGGUUUUAUUUUUGGAGCGAGCGGAAAAUGGCAUUGUAACGCAGCCUUAAACGCGGAAAAGGUGGCGAGGAUCUCGCCGGCCACGCAUGGCCGUUUCGCCCGAAGGAUGUCAUAAAAUGCCGGCGUAAGGAUCCAUCUCGACGGCCAGUAACCAUUUUCUAUCGUCCAUAAUGCGAUCGUAGCUCUUUUCGACGAGACGCAGAGACUAGAGAAACGAACGAAGGAACGACGGUGAAAAUGCUGCGAAACCAGGAUAAUAAAAGAGAUUUCGCAUAGAGAAAUCGCAGGCUGUCGUGACUACGCCAGCAGCAUCUCUCUUGCCUGUAGUUUCGUACCUUGUGAUAAUCGGAUUGUGUUACUUUACGAGGGACAGACGUGUGAUUGACGCGAGUGCGCGGUCUUUUCUCUCGAAAAACUGACGCAACGAUGUUUAUAGUGAGGAUGCCUGCAAUGACACGUGGAUACAUGAAGAAAUCGUCAGGUUGUUUCACAGGAUCGGAAAGCAAUGGGGAUCGACGAAGACUGCGAUGACGUUAAUUAUACUCUAAGUCCUACUGGGACCGGUAUUUGCAAUGUUGGAGGAAGUGGCGACGAAGGUGGAAGGGACGAACUUCUUCUCAAAUUGCAACAGUACGUAGCGUCGGACGCAAGCUUCACACGACAGAGAAUCGGCAGGAUGCUGGUGGAAGUAUUUCGCACUGCCGCUAACAAUGGAACGAAACUUAACGUGAGCGAAGUGAUGCACGUGGUGAGGCAGAUCGCCGACGAUACUGAUGCGCAAAUCGGGCUGGACCUGAUGGAGCACAUACCGCACGUGGUGAUGAUCUGCCACGAGACACCCCAUCUAUUCGACAAUAUUUUUCACAAUCAUCUCCUCGACAUCAUUAUCAGAUACUUACAAGAUCAAGACAACCAGGUACGAAUGAUGGCCCAGACAGCGGUGUUGACGCUAACGAAGAAGGGUCUCAUCGAUAACACCACGAUAGAGGGCAAGCUGUGUCCCGUUAUAGAAACCCUCUGUACGUCCAUCGAUUUGCUUAACUCUGGCAUCUCCCUCAUGUGCAAGAUGGCACCGCUCAUUGGCAAAGAGCUGACAGAAAAGAUCUUUCUGGACAGAUACAUCGCCCUCUGCGAAGACAAGGAAUUCUAUACGAGGAAAUUCUGCGCGUCGCACCUUGGGGAACUUUGCGCCGCUGUCGGCAGGAAAACUCUUUUUCGGAAAUUGUUUCCAAUAUUCGUCGAUCUGUGCAGCGAUAAAGUGUGGGGUGUCCGGAAAGCGUGUGUAGACGUUAUGAUGCCAGUCUCAUGCUGCAUGACCCUUCAGCAUCGUCGAUUACUAUUGGCAGAGCUUCUGGCCACGCAUCUUAACGACGAGUCGAAAUGGGUGCGAAUGUCUGCCUUUCAAAUUUUAGGACCAUUCAUAUCCACGUUCGCGAAACAGUUUACCGAAGUAACUUAUAAUCAACACGGCGAGCUAGUGUUUACCAGCCAACAAGAUAAUCGUUUCAGUAUAAGGUACUCGUACGAGGGAAUAUUUCCUACUAAGUGCGCGAUACGGAGUCACACGCUCGACAUGGAGGACCAUAAUUCUAAGGAUAACUUCAAUUCGUCUGUGAUAAUACAAAAACCAAUUUUAGAGGACGACGAGGACGAGUCGCAGGAGGAUAUCUCCACAAUGAGAGCUUAUAAGUCGAAGAUACAAAGGAAACAGUUAAAGAACGACCAAACGCUGGACCACACGGAAAACUUUAAUUCGUUUCUAUACUACUACGUAGAGCCAGACCUUCCACUGGACGACGAGCUCGUCGAAGCUGCCAGAAGAUCCGCGGCGCAGAACAAUGUAGACCGGAAGCCGUUGAUCAGCACUACAGCGUCCAGUAAAGCGUCGUCGUUAGACGCUGCUCUAAAAGAAGACAAAUACGCGGCAGACGAUAUCAAGAAUUUCAACGAUCAAGAGAUCGUUCCUCAGCACCUGAUCGAUUCGUUCUUGUCGAUGGCUGAGCCAGAACAAUGUUCCGGAGACAUGAGCCCCGGAGAUAUUCCUCAUCAUUGCGCAUUUAGUUUUCCCGCUGUUGUACUCACGUUAGGAAGGGAAAAUUGGCCAUACCUGAAGCAAGCUUAUCAGUCUUUGGCAAGCGCUAAUCAAUGGAAAGUGAGGCGCACGUUAGCCUCCAGUAUUCACGAAAUCGCCAUAAUUCUAGGAGAAGAACUCACUAUCACUGAUCUCGUACCGAUCUAUGAUGGAUUUAUCAAAGAUCUGGAUGAGGUCAGAAUAGGUAUACUCAAGCAUUUGGCGACGUUUUUGAAGAUACUCAAGCCUGCCGUUCGGCUCCAGUAUUUACCAAAACUGAGGGAAUUCCUCACCACCGAUAACGAGUGGAACUGGAGAUUUCGAGAGGAACUAGCCACUCAGUUGUUGGACAUUGUGAAUCUGUUUGAUCCUGUAGACGUUACCCGGUUUAUCGUGGAACUAGCUAUCGAUCUACUACGCGACAAAUACGCUGCUGUGAGACACGUUGCUCUCUCUUUGGUGACACAAAUAGUAGCACAUCUUUCUAACGACAGACGCCUUGAAAAAGGGCUAUUUCGAAAGCUCAAGUGUCUCGUUUUCACAAGGAAUUGGGUUAGAAGACAGAUGUUUGCCUUCGUGUGCGCCAACCUGAUUUCGAAAAACGCCAUUAGCGGGUAUAAAUUUUCGCAAGAAAUGUUACCUACUUUGUUGCAAAUAUCUUCCGACAAAGUACCAAACGUGAGACUAGUUGUGGCGAGGACUUUGUCAAAGAACGUUAUUCCUAUGGGAUCAGAAUGGUUGGGAGUGAAGCAGGCGGAAGAAGUAGAGAAUAGGCUGAGAGAAAUGAGAUUAGAUCCGGAUAGGGACGUUCGAGUUAUAGCCGGCGGCGAGGAAAACGUCCCAUCAGAUAUGUUGUUGCCACCGAAAACUAAACAGCCGUGGGACAUAUUUUAACGAACUCAGAUUUCGUGAGAAUCAAGUUGUAAUUAUUUCCUGCCAUACGAAUCAAUUUUAUACCGGACUGCCAAGAAAGGAAAUGGGAUAAAAGAAAUUUCGUACGAAUGUUCUUCCAUACGUGAAUUAUCUUUGUAAAUGUAAGAAGAAAAUUAAUUGGAUGGAAGAGAUAAGAAUUUCGUUAUACCGAUAGAGAAUACGAGAUGCAAGGGUUUCUUUAAAGAAUAAGUUGGUGUAUCUAUGAUGUAAAAAUGAGCUCAAGUUUUAAACAAAGAAACAAGACUUGUACCGUUUAGUGCAGUCAACAUAGAAAAAAAGUGCAACUUAGCGUUGUCGUUACGACCAAGGGACCGACAAUUUCCGCGCCCCUUUAGACUAAGACAGAUUAUAAGUAUCAAUGGUCAAAAGACAUUACGCAGUUAUAUAAGAGUGUGUGUGCAUGUUUAAAAGGAAGUGAACGUACACUGCCGCUGAGUGCUAGGACACUUGUUUAAUUGUAAGAAAUAUCUGUAAAAAGUUAUGAAAUCAUUACUGAAUUUUACUAAAUUUUAUGUAUUCCAUUUUGUACCGUAUUAGAGAAUAUAUUUUAACAAAAAUUUAUUAAAUUUUUCAUCAAUCAUAAUAAAAAUAUGAUUGUUAUCUAUCCAUCUAUCCACCAAGUGCUUUUGUAACUGCAUCUACAAGCUUAGUAGCUUGGCUACUAAUAUUUUUUAUUGUUUCAGGCCUAAUAUUAUUCCAUUCCAUUUCGAAAUGUUCCUAUAAAUAUUCUUCCAAUCUGGGAUAUUUUAUUCGGAUUUUAUCUGAAUGAUCUCAUAAUUUUUCUAUGGGGUUCAAAUCAGGAGAUUGGUGACCAUUCUAUUAUUUACGCAUUAGAACUUUCCUGUAAGUGAUUUUCACAUAUUUUAAAAAAAUGUAUACGAUCCUUAACAUGCACAAAUAUUCGAUAUACGAAAGGCACUAAUGUGCAGGAUCUUUUUUAAAAUAUAAUUUGUUUUUAACGAUUCUCCUGUUGUUUCCUAUACGUACAAUCUCUCCAUUUGAAUUCAACCAUUUCAAUUGUAGACUCAUCAGAAUCAAUCUUGCGGUGUCGACUUUUCUGGUACUUAGUUUAUGCCAAUAGCGACUGGCAUCUCUUCUUUAUUAUUAAUGUUAGAAACACCAUCUCUGAAAUUAUAACGGUUCAUCGCUAUGGAAUUGUUUCCCUAUCUGAAAAUCGAUACAAGUAGUUUAAGGUGCAUAUUUCUUCGCAGCGGCUACGACAGACAGAAUGCUGUUAAUUUCACCUGUAGUUCAUUCUUAUCAAGGUUCAUAUUCCUGAAGAAAUUAUUGUCACUAUCAUAAAGGAGCGGGUUACGUUUUAUCCUUAAUAAUAAUUUUUUCACUG